GCCGGGCCAGGAAAACCAGUCACAACUAGAGAAAGUCUGUGUAGAUCUCAGUAGUGCUGCUCCCAAUGAUCCGGCCGAGAGGAGCCCAGACCAUGUCCGGGCUCCACAAAUCGCUGGGCAGGAACUUCGAGAACCUGACUUUGGACUCUGGCUAUGGAGGAACCGGAGCCUCGUGCAGAUCGUCCACUCUGUCGCUGCCCCACUUGGGGAACACCUGGUACUCCUUUCCUGCGACGGCCAGCAAAAGGUACACGAACAGCUGCGAGACGCUGGACACCGGGUUGCUGGAAAGCUCCGGACCUCUAGAGUCACCGGACUGUUACCCCAAACUGCCCCACUUGGAAGAGGUGCCCUGGUCCGAGCGGGAGGUGGGGGAGAUCGUGGGGAGGUGCAGAACCGGAGGUCUGGCCGCUGAUAGCCAGCUGCUGAAGAGACUUUCCACCUACCUGGGCAGGGCGCUGGUCCGCAUUGCCCGGGAGGCGCAGAGAUUGAGCCGAGUCAGCGCGCAGUGUAGCAAGCACGAAGUGCAGGGCGCCGUCAAACUGGUCCUGUCCUGGGCCCUGUCCCACAGCUGCAUUGAAGCGGCCGUCAAGGCUCUGUCCGCUUACAACAUGAGCUGCAGAGAGCAACUCAACGCCAGCAAGAGCUCCCACUGUAAUCUGACCUUCUCUGUCGGCCGCUUCUUCCGUUGGAUGGUGGACUGUAAGCUGUCGCUGCGCAUUCACGAACACGCGGCCAUCUACCUGGCGGCCUGCCUGGAGAACCUGCUGGAGGAGGUCUGCCUGAGACUGCUGGACCACCUGGGCGGCCGGGGCGACGAGCGACCCGGCGGACUGGACAAGGCGCUGGAGCAGGCUGUCGGAAGCGAUGCCGAUCUCUGGGGCCUCUUCCAGGCUCACGACCACCUGAUCUGCGGCAAAAACGCUUACGGUGUGCCCUGCCUUCCGACGUACCUCAGUAUGCAUGCAGAGCGCCAUCAUCAACAGCUCUACACCAGCCAUGACCUGAAGAACCUGGAACAAGCCAUGCUGGCAACCUCCGUGGGCACCAUUGCUGAACUCAGCGACUUGAUCUCUCACUCAAUGUACUACCUCCAGCAGUUUGGCGCUUUGCACCGUGACCAGGGGUUCCAGUUGCAUUUCAGAAAGGGCCCGUAUUCCUGGGAGCCGGAGGCGUUACACAGUCUCUACUACUACACCCACUGCCCACAGAUGGAGUGGGAGAAUCUCGGUGAGGAACCUCCCAAAGGGAAGCUGAACAACGAGAGGCUGUACGAGGUUCUGCCGCCAAUGGUCGAGUGGAUCAGGGUUUGCGUUGCUCAGGCAGAGUGUAGGAACACCUUGACAGUGGACAGUAUUGAUGUUCGACAGGCUGCCAGGUUACUGUUACCGGGCAUCGAUUGUGAACCACGGCAACUCAGGAUCACCAGCUCCCUGUGCGUAUCCCGUGGGCUGAAUGCCGAGCAGGCGGAGCUGAAGCUGAAACAGGAUCUGGGAUUUCAGAUGCUGAGCAAUGGCCGCACGGACCUGGUGACGGCCGCCGUUGCCUUACUGGGGCCGGAUGGAAUCAACACACUUAAUGAACAGGGAAUGACCCCGCUGAUGUACGCAGCUAGCAAUGGGGAUGAGGCCAUGGCACAAGUCCUGCUGAACUCAGGAGCAGCUGUUGAUAUCCAGGUGCCCAGCAACUCCCAGCAGUGGCCGUCCAUUCACGCAGAGACCCGACACUGGACCGCCCUCAGCUUCGCUGUGGCGUUUGGCCACCUGCCCGUCACUCAGCUACUGUUGGACGCAGGGGCCAACGUCGAAGGAGGGGUCAACGAGGAAAACUGGUCGGAAACGCCACUACAGCUCGCGGCUGCAGCAGGUCACUUUGAUCUCAUUUGCCAUUUAUUGCAAAAGGGAGCCGAUGUCCUGGCUGGGACCAUGGACAAAAGUGGCGUGGCUACGUCAAUGCAUGGAAUCACCAAUCCCUUCAGUCAAGCUGCUGCCCACGGACGCAGGAACGUGCUUCAGAAACUCAUUUCGCAGCCAGACACCGUGAACACCGACUUUGUGUCCCUGGAGGACAUUCUUGCCGAGGGAGCGGGGCUGAGCAAGCCUCAGGCUGCGAGCUUUGGCCUGAAUCGCAGUAGCAAAGCCCGCAGGAGAGUGCUGCAGGAUGCCCUGUACCAGAGUGCUGAGUACGGCUAUCUCGACAUCACCAUGGAUUUGCACAGGCUGGGUGUGCCAUGGACUGUACACUCGUGGCAGAAGUCCCUGAAGACCUCGUACGAUCAGCAUCGCUGCUCCGUCACCCUGGAGCUGUUGAAAGAAUUUGAUAGCCUAAAGGAUGUGUACAGCGAGGAGAUGAUCUCCGAGGGCCUGCCUCUCAUGUUCAACAUUUUCCGUCUGAGCAAGAACGAUGCUAUAAUUCGGCAGCUGGCUGCCAUUUUCACUCACUGCUAUGGACCCUACCAUAUCCCUGUGAUCCAGGACUUGAAGGAGAAGCUCAGGGUUCCAGACGAAACCAUCCCUCUGAACAACCAGGAGUGCUCAGACGUCACCUUCCUGGUGGGCGGGAAACCUUUCUAUGGCGAUCGCGAGCUGCUGACAUCAGCGUCACCACGGUUCAGAAUGCUUAUUGAAGCCUGCCCUUCUGUUGAUGACAAGGCCAGCAACCCAAUCGAGAUCCAGGAUGUAGCAUACGACACAUUUGAGUGUUUGGUUCGGUAUAUUUACAAUGGAGGAACAGAGGGACUGGAUAUCAGGAAAAACAGAGCCUUGGAGGUUCUCUCAGCUUCCAGCCUCUUCAAGCUAGAAUCGCUUAUGCAUCACUGCGAAGCCAUGUGUUCAAGAGAUUUGACCCUUGCUGACAGCUCCAAGACCUAUCAAAGGGCUAAGGUCGCCGGAGCAUCCAAGUUGGUCUCAUACUGCAUUGGCUACUUCCUGAAGAACUUGCUGUCCCUGCUGGAGCAGGAGUCUUUCCAGCAGCUGUUGAUGGACGAGGCAGUAAAAUCCGACCUCCUGGCAGACUUGCAGCAGACCCUGGCCUCCAGGAUGCAGGCCGUGUACCAGCCCAUCUCCAAGGAAACGACAGUGUGACGCACUGACAGGACCUCACCUUUGGAUGGCGAACAGCACUUAAUGUAAUUGGAGAUGGGUCUACUGGACAAGAUAUCGAGCACCACAGUUCAAUAGGCAUGCCUUAGAGUGGCUUGGUGUUGAAACAGAACAACCUUAAAUGUUUCCUCUGAGAGAAUCUGCCCCCUUCCAUUCCACCCUUGGUGAAAUAAGGCCAUCAGACCAUGAGGCAUAUAGGAGCAGAAUCUGGCCAUUGGGCCCAUCGAGUCUGUUCCACCUUUCCAUCAUGGCUGAUUUAUUAUCCCUCUUGAUCCCAUGCUCCUGCCUUCUCCCUGUAAACUUUGACAUCCUGACGGAUCAAGAACCGAUCAAUCUCUGCUUUAAGUGCACCCAGUGACCUGGCCUCACAGCCGCUGUGGCGAUGAAUUCCACAGAUUCACCACUCUCUGGCUGAAGGAAUCCCUCCUCACCUCGGCUCUAAAUGGACGUAUUUCUAUUGUGAGGCUGUGCCCUCUGGUCCUAGACCCCACCACCAAAGGAAACAUCCCCUCCACAUCCACUCUGUUUAGGCCUUUAAAUAUUCGAUAGGUCUCACUGAUACCUCUCCUCAUUCUUCUGAACACCAGUGUGUAUGGACCCAGAGCCAUCAAGUGGUUCUCAUACAUUAACCCUUUUGUUCCCAGGAUCAUUCUUGUGAACCUCCUCAAGACACUGUCCAUUGUCAGCACAUCCUUUCUGCAAUAUGGAAUCCAAAACUGCUCGCCAUACUCCCUGCGUGAUCUGAGCAAAGCCUCAGCAUCACACCUCUGCUCUUAUAUUCUAGUCCUCUUGAAAUGAAUUCUAACACUGCGUCUGCCUUUCUCACCACUGACUCGACCUACAAAUUGACCUUCGGGGAAUCCUGCACAAGGGCUCCCAACUCCCUUUGCACCUCUGAUUUCAGUUUACAGUCUCCUAUGGUCCGCAGGUAGACUGAUAGGAGAGUUCUGUGUGAGAUCGGGAAGCGGUAUUGACUGCUUCACAGUUCUGCCCCAGGCAUUCAAACGCAAAGCCAUACUGAGCCUCAGGUACUGUUUCCAAUAGCAACAGAAACCAAUGCUGAAGGGUCUCAGCCCAAAACAUCGAGUGUUUAUCCCUGUCCAUCGAUACUGCCUGACCUGCUGAGCUCUUCCAGCGUUCUGUGUGUGUUGCAGAGAAACCAAAGGAUUUUUUUUUAACUGAAGUGCAAUAUUGUGUGUAAACUACUGUAUCUUAUUGCUUAAUUUAAUGCUCUUUUGUUAUUUUGUAUAAACAAGAUAUUAAGCAGAAGAUUAUUUAUAGAAAGUGUAAGAAAUCUGUGUUUUCAUCAGGCAUGAAAAUCAAAUGACGGAUUUCAAUGAUGUACAUAACUUUGAAUAGACUGGUAAAUCAGAUAGGUAAACCUUUUUUCUUUCA